AUGCUCUGGGUGCCAUUUUGGGCAGCCGCAUGCUCGUUAGCACCCGCGCUGGUCCACGGCCGAUUGAUCUCCGGAAGCCAUGUCCUCCACGAAGAACGAGAUGUUGAACGAUCGAGUCUCGCCAAACGAGACCGCCUACAUCCAGAAACGCCUCUCGUGAUGAAGAUCGCGCUCAAGCAGCAGAAUAUGCACCAAGCCGAGGACUGGCUCAAAGAAAUCUCGGCCCCGACAUCCCCAAACUUCGCCAAAUUCUGGACCCCGGAAGAGGUCAUCGAAGCGUUUCAACCUCCAGCUAAGUCCGUCAAAGCUGUCUUGCUCUGGCUGGAGUCCGCCGGCGUGCCACGUCACACGGUUACCCACUCGGAGAACAAGCAGUGGCUGGUGUUCGGAGCUUCGGCUGAUGUAGCAGAGGCUCUCUUCCAUACCGACUACCAUGAGUUCCAUGAUCUUGAAGGCCGGAGUCUGGUUGGUACAGAUCGCAUCCAUGUACCUCGACAUCUCGCGGACUCGAUUGACUUCGUCAAGCCGGGCGUGGUCAUGCAGCCCAUGCCGGCGUCCCAUCGCAAACGUCGUCGGGACCGAAGAGCCGCCACGAACCAACAUGCGACUGGCUGUGCCAAAGAAGCCACGCCUGCAUGCAUAUCCACCCUGCUCAACUUUCCGUUCCCUGAGCUGACACAUGCCACCAAAACUCAGAGCGAUUUCGGAACAUGGCAGCAGGGCAAUUACUAUCUGCAAUCUGACCUCGACAAGUACUGGAAUGAAUUUCUGCCCGAUCGGAUACCCCAAGGCACAGGUCCAACUUUUGUUUCGAUCGACGGCGGUCUUCGCGCCAGCGAGCUUUUGCUUUGGCCCGCCAAUGCUUCUUACGGGACAGAGAAUGCUCUAGACCUGCAGCAAACGAUACCGUUCUAUCAUCCCAACCAAGUUGUCAACAUCCAAAUUGACGACGAGUACUACGCGCAAAAUCGCGACAUUGGACUGCUCGGGCCAGUACUGGACGCUAUCGAUGGCAGUUACUGUACCUCCUGCGCCAACGGGAUCUGCGGUAACGAUCCCAAACUCGACCCUGUGUAUCCAAACAACGAUCCACACGACCCAGAAGCAACGGAUGCCAAAGACUGGGCUCUCUACAGGAAGCCAUAUCAAUGCGGCACCUUCAAGCCUCCCGCUGUGAUUGCGUCGUCCUAUUACUCCUUUCUAGGAGACGACGGCGAGCACACGCAGGCUUACGCACAGCGCCAAUGUGCCGAGAUUUUGAAACUCAGUCUUCAAGGCGUGACCUUUGUCUUCGCCGCGGGAGACGAUGGAGUUGGGUAUAGCAAGGGCAAAUCGUGCGCAAGAGGCAGAUUCGCCUACUCUCACCCGAAUGGUUGUCCUUGGGUCUUGGUGGUGGGAGCAACGAUGAUCGAGGCAGGCAAGACGGAGAAGGAUCCGGAAGUCGUUUGGCAAGACGGCCCAACGGGAACACAACCGUGGACCGACUCCUUCGCAUCCGGAGCGGGAUUCUCCAAUAUUCACCCAAGACCUUCCUAUCAAAAAGCGGUGGUCGACGCUUACCUGGAACAACAUGACCCGGGCUUGCCAUACUACACCGGCGCCGGUCUGAACAAUGAAAAAGGGUGGUACAACCGGAACGGACGUGCCUACCCUGACAUCGCGGCUAAUGCUGGCCCAGUCGGGAGGUGGCAUGACGGAGAUCGAGAUCAAAGUGGUGGGUCAAGUCUAGCCAGUCAACUCGUGGGUGUCAUGUUGGCUCGCAUCGUGGACGAGAGACGAAAAGCCGGAAAGCCCAAUCCGGCGCUGGGAUUGGUUCACGAAGUCUUGUACGCUCACCCGGAAGUUUUCAGGGAUGUGGUAUCGGGGAGCAAUCCGGGGUGUGAUACCACUGGCUUUUCUGCCGCACCGGGUUGGGACCUUCCUACUGGGCUUGGGGUACCGGACUACCAAAAGCUGCUUAAGUUGUAUCUGAGCCUUCCGUAA